AGACCUCCAGUGAUGACAACAACACGAACACAACUGUUGUGUCAUCAGGGGGUGCUCGUCUCUUCACCUUCCCUGCUGUCUGACUCUUCAGUCGACCGUUCAUUUGUCUAACUGUCGCGUUCCUCUGCGGUCCUCCGCGGACGAGUCGUAAAGUGUGUUGACGUCUGGUCGUAAGUCCUGCUCGUUGGAGGGAACUUCUGCUGACACAGCAGACCUGAGAUGAGCUGAAGACCCAGGAAGGGUCGUCACGUCAGACCGGUACGGUUCACUGACACCAGGGCCCGGGUCUGGUCCGAGAGGGGGGGUUCACUGAGAGUUCGCCGACCUACGGUGAAGCGGGAACAGGGAGACAGACAGCCACCGCCCGUCAGGUGAUGAGAGCUGAGCUGUAGCGGACAGUCGAGGCAUCAUGGAGGACGACUACAGGCCUCUGCUGAGCUCAGAGCAGACUGUAGAGAGCUACUCACACAAAGGCUCCACAGACUCUCUGGACGUCAAGGCUAAAAGGCCGUUCCACGUGGAGCCAAGGAACAUCGUGGAUGAUGAACCUCAGGAGAGGGUCACUGCUGAGGCCGCCAUCCUCAACAGCAGAGUCCACUACUACGGCAGACUGACGGGCUCCUCUGACAGGCUGCUGAGUCCUCCAAACCAUGUGAUCCCCCGGCCGGAGGAGAUCUACAUCUACAGCCCCCUGGGGACGGCUUUCAAGGUGACCGGAAGUGACCCCUCCUCUAAAAACCCCAGUAUCAUCACCAUAUUUGCUAUAUGGAACACCAUGAUGGGCACGUCCAUCCUCAGCAUCCCCUGGGGUAUAAAGCAGGCUGGCUUCACUCUGGGGAUCCUCAUCCUCAUCUUCGUCGGCCUGCUGAUGCUCUACUGUUGUUACGUCGUCCUCAAAUCACCAAAGGCCAUACCCUAUGUGGACACGUCGGACUGGGAGUUCCCGGACGUGUGCAGGUACUACUUUGGUAAAUUUGGCCAGUGGUCCAGCCUGGUGUUCUCCAUGGUGUCCCUCAUUGGAGCCAUGGUGGUUUACUGGGUCCUCAUGUCUAACUUCCUCUACAACACGGGACAGUUUAUCUACAACUACGCUCACAACGUCAACAUGUCAGAUUCACAGUUUGGAACCAACGGCUCAGACAGAGUCAUCUGUCCGUACCCGAACACUGACCCUGGAAGGAACGACACCACCACCACGCUCAUCUUCAGCAACAGCGGAAAUGACACGUCUGACACCGGCUCGUUUGAACACUGGUGGAGCAAAACCAACACCAUCCCCUUCUACCUCAUCAUCCUGCUGCUGCCGCUGCUCUGCUUCCGCUCAGCCUCCUUCUUCGCUAGGUUCACCUUCCUGGGCACCAUAUCAGUGAUCUACUUGAUCGCGCUGGUCACCGUUAAAGCUGUCCGCCUCGGGUUCCACCUGGAGUUCCACUGGAUCGACACGACAGAGUUCUACGUUCCAGAGUUCAGACUGCUCUUCCCUCAGCUGACUGGAGUCCUCACUCUGGCCUUUUUCAUUCACAACUGCGUCAUCACGUUAAUGAAGAGCAACAAGAACCAAGAGAACAAUGUGCGGGACCUGUCUGUGGCCUAUCUUCUAGUAGGGCUGACCUAUCUGUAUGUGGGAGUGUUGAUCUUUGCUGCCUUCCCCUCACCUCCUCUCUUCAAAGACUGCAUCGAACCAAACUUCUUAGACAACUUCCCCAGCAGUGAUGUGAUGGUGUUUGUGGCUCGGACCUUCCUGUUGUUCCAGAUGAUCACAGUCUACCCCCUGCUGGGGUACUUGGUGCGGGUCCAGAUGAUGGGCCAGAUCUUUGGCAGUCAUUACCCCAGUUUCUUCCACGUUCUGUUUCUGAACCUGGUCAUAGUUGCAGCUGGCGUCCUGAUGGCCAAGUACUAUCCCAACAUCGGAUCCAUCAUACGGUUUUCUGGAGCGACGUGUGGCCUGGCUCUCGUGUUCGUCUUCCCUGCUUUAGUCCACAUGAUCUCCCUGAAGCGUCAGGGGACGCUGCGCUGGCCCUCAGCCCUCUUCCACAGCUUCCUGAUCCUGCUGGGCCUGGCCAACCUGCUGGCUCAGUUCUUCAUGUAGAGACAGCUAGACGUAGAUGCUCUGAACCAAUCGGAGGCAAGAUUAAAAGAUGUGAUAGAUUUCAGAUGGAGAAUAAUGGUGUGUGUUAUCCCAGUUACGCCAUGGCUGCCAGUGUAAUGCCCUGAUAACCCACAGCAUCCUGCAGACGGUCAGCGUUAAUGUGUGUGGCUGUGAUGUCAGAUUAAAUAUCACACGCUCAGAGUGAUGUCAUUUGUAAAGGUUUCCAUUUCAGGGGAAGAAGAGGAGUCAAAUGUCUCGGUUUGAUAACAUUAUCUUUUUUUAUUUUCCAGCCCGUGGUAUUUCUAUGAUCAAAUCUUCCUGGGAGAUAAUUUCCUGAAUGAUACUGUUGAUUAUUCCUGCCCAGACUGAUCCCAGACCUGCCCAGGCAAACAGUGUGUUGAAACUGUUUCUUUAAUAACAUCAGCAGCAGCAGCAGCAGCAGGAACAUGUGGUGUGUGGGGUCACGAGCAGGGGAGUGUGUUUUAAACUGUUAUAUUAAAGCUCUGUUUUUAUCUCCGUUCAAACAGCAGCUCAAUCCAGCACUAAUUCUACUACAGCGAGUGAACUUUAAAGCUGCUGUAAUCAGUAUUUUUAUAAUAACAAUGGAUCUAAUAAUAAUGUGUAAUAUGAGAGGCUUUGCUCUUUGUGAUGAACCUACAGAGAGUCUGAAUCUGCAGCUUCACAGAGCUUCACACUGAGUUUCAGCUCGGUGUUGAUCCGUGUCUUUUGCAGCUGCAGCAGAUGUUUCCACUGUCCUCUACCUGCAGACAGACUCAGUCUGAGCAGCUGUUGAACAUAGUGGAUUUCCCUCAGGAGCUGGUGGAGAUCAAACACAGAGCUAAAAGAGAGGGGACACUGGACUGAGAUUCAUCACCACUCCACACGAAGCACCAUGGUGAUGUGUGGAAAUAAGCAGCUGUUUGACAACAAGGUCACUAUGUGUGUUUAAAAGGUGGUGAUACGUCAGUGCUUCACUUCACUGCCCCCUAGAGACCAAAACAAUCAGUUACUGCAGGUUUAAAUGUGAUUUACAUGUGAUUUUAUUUUCAUAUAGAUGUGUGUCUGUCUGACACCAGGGAAUCAUUACUAACUUUGUGAUCAUAUAAACUGUUUGUAUGUUCUGAGGACAGCCAUGUUGUGUGCCUACUUUUGAAGAAACUUUAUGCACAACCUUUUAAUUUUAUGAAUAGUGUUGAUUUACAUGUUUGACAUGUUUAUAUGACGCCUAUAUUGUAGCUGCUGUCCUCAGUGUGUUGUAUUUUUUAUUAAUGAUAGGAUAGACAAAGGGAAUGUGUGUGUGAAAAUAAACCAUAUCAGUCUGGAA